GGCGGCGGCGACGCGACGUCUGCAGCGCUCGCGUCGAGGCGUCGUCGGCUCAGGCUCGGCUCCACAUCCGCACACAGUGUGAUCUUGGCUGCUCGGAGCGACAGACGUGUGCUUCGCCCAUCGCCCCGCUCUCUCCUUCGCAGACUAGUGUCCACGUCUCGCAGUACUCGAGCCCCGAAUCCUACCGAACAUGGCGAUGAAGAGCUUGCUUGAUAAGCUCAACAAGAUCCAGGACUUGUUCUCGACGCUUCGAUAUGAGCCAAUUGAGUUGCCGAAAAUAGUGGUGGUUGGCACCCAGAGUGCCGGCAAGAGCUCCGUCCUGGAGUCCUUGGUGAAGAGGUCCUUCCUGCCGCGCGGCACGGGCAUCGUCACCCGCUGUCCGCUGGUCCUUCAACUCAACCACUGCCCCUUGGGUGACGCACGGCGAAAGGGUAUCGAGCACGAGGAAUGGGGUACGUUCCUGCACUCUGGAGAUCGCAUUUUCAAUCUGGACGAAGUACGUGACGAAAUCGAUGCUGAAACGACUCGCAAUGCGGGCUCCAACAAAGGCAUCGUUCCGACUCCCAUCACCCUGAAGGUGUACUCGCCCCACGUGGUCAACCUGACGCUCGUGGACCUACCCGGCAUAACUAAGGUGGCCAUUGGAGAUCAGCCUGAGGAUAUCGAAGAACAGAUACAAAAGCUGAUUUUCCAGUACAUCGAGAAUCCUUUGACUAUCAUCUUGGCUGUGGUGACUGCUAAUACAGACAUGGCGACCAACGAGAGUCUGAAGCUGGCCAAAACUGUCGACCCGGAGGGGGAACGUACGCUUGCAGUCUUAACCAAAGUCGACCUCAUGGACGAAGGGACCGAUGCAAGAGAUAUGUUGAAAGGACUGGUUAUACCGGUCAAACUUGGCAUUGUUGGAGUUAUCAACAGAUCACAGAAGGACAUCAAUGAUAAUAAGACGAUGGAAGAUGCUCUUCAAUACGAAGCAGACUACUUUCAAAAGAAAUACAAGGAAAUGGCAUCAAGAACUGGCUCUCCUUACCUUGCCAAAAAGUUGAGCAUGUUGCUUUCAGACCAUAUCAACAAGAACCUUCCUGACGUUGAGAAUAAGAUCCGCAUAGAAAUGGAAGAGUGCUCAAAGAUUCUACUUGAAUGUGGAGAAUCUAUAACGGACAAGAGGGCUACUCUGAUGAAUGUUGUGAACAAGUUUAGUCAAGCUUUCUGUUCGCUGUGUGACAAAGGAUCGCAGAACCUUAAAUCCAUGAAACUAACUGGUGGAGCAAAACUGUGUGACAUUCUUCACAGCAGAUUGGAGAAAGUCUUCGCUAGGUGUGAGCCUUGCAAAUCCUACACCACCGAUCAAGUUGUAAUAGCACUCAGACAGUCAAACGGUCUCAAGCCCCCAUUCUUCGUGUCCGAGGUAGCCUUUGAGACGUUGGUGAAACCACUGAUAAAGAAUAUGGAGAAACCUGCCCUGGCGUGCGUGGAUGCCGUGAAGAGGGAACUUGGCAGCAUGUGCCAACUUAGCAUCUCAGAGCAGCUGAAACUUCGAUUUCCGGAGCUGAAGCAAGCCCUGAUAAAAAUCGUAUUGGGAAUUGUGGAGAAACGGGCCCAGAAAGCAAUCCAAAUGAUAAAAGACUUGGUCUCUAUUGAGGCUGGGCAUAUUACAUACUAUCGAAUCGAUGUUCUGAAGGAAGAAUUCCAAAAAGUAAUGACAGAUGAAGGCAGAGAUGAUGUAGUACCCUUUCCAAGGGGUAAAUUGGAGAAUGAGCUUCGGUCCCGCUUAAGAGUGGCAGGCGACGAAGAAAAAUCCGAUAUUACAGCUCAAUUAAACUUGUUAACAAUGUCAGACAAGGACAAAAAACAUGUCAUCAUUUUGGGUAUGAUGCUCGACCACUACUACAAAAUAGUGGCAGAAACCAUGCAGGACUCAACAGCCAAGGCGGUCGUGACGUUCCUCGUGAAUGAAGUCCGAGAAUCGCUCAAUGCUGAGCUGUGUGUGGCUCUCAUGCAAGGAGAAUUGGAUGAUCUGUUUCAUGAGCAGGAGGACAUUACCGACAAGCGUCAAGCCACUUACGCCAAACUACAUGUUCUCGAGCAGUCUCUUCAAGUCAUUUCAGGGAUCACCAGCCAUUGUUAAGCCCUAUACUGGGCACCGAUCAUUGACUCUUGACAUUUCGUGACACAAUUUUCUGAGAAAAUAAAACAUAUGAUACGAACAAA